ACAGCGAUUAAUGAAUGAAUGGUGUUCUUCAUAAUGGAUCCUAUAAAUCAAUGGUCUCGCCACAAAUCUAGCACUUCUUCUUCCACAUGCAUGCGAUCAAUAAGUGGCAAGGUAGUAAUGUCUGCGCAACACCAUCCAUCCACAAACUUAUCGAGAACAAGAAGCCAAAGGGACAUACAAUUCCCCAAACUUGAUCCCCCAACCAAAGUAGUUUCUUCUUCUUCUCCUUCUUCGGAACAACUCAGCACAAGAAGCACAACUCCCACUCUCCACUUCUUGAAAACUUGUGGAGUGUGCCGACGAUCACUUGGAACUGGACAUGACAUUUAUAUUUACAGGGGAGAGAUUGCAUUUUGCAGCAAUGAGUGCCGUGAGCUACACAUGAAACAUGAAAUCAACAAGGGAACUUACCAUCUGCACCAUUGACAGAGCUUUGCAGUCAUAAAUUAAGCUACAAGUAUCUGUAACAUCUGAUUGUAAAUUCUUAAUAUUAAGCAUUGAAGUUUGUUUUCUUCUGAUGGAUUCAAAAA